GGCGGCUGCACGGGAUGCUAACCCGCAUCUGUCAACGUGGAGACUUGUAAACGCUGAGCUCACCUCACAGCGGCACGGAACGGCUGCGCCCCCACACUGUCUAUGUGGGAUCCGUAUUAGGAGCGUGAACGUGUGGAUGGGUAUCGGGCUUGGCAUGGACGCGUGAGGAGCCCCUGGGUUCAGUGGAGUCACGAACCUCCGGUAGCGAGGGGAAUACUAUACCACACACUGCUACGGAACCGGGGCAUGGAAAGCUCGGAUACCUGAGGCAACUCUGGGCGGGAUAUUUGACAGGAAAAGUUCGGAUACCCCCUCCACCGGUGGAUAACUUUGGACCUACUGUGAACCGACGGGUGUGCGGAUGGAGGGUGUGCAGCAGCUGCUCGGGCUCCUGCUCGCUCUGUGCCGGGUGUGCGCGGUGCUCAGCAAGAGCCUGGAGCCGGUGACAUGGAACUCGCAGAACCUUCGGUUUGUAGCUGGAAAAGGCCUAGUCAUUUACCCAGAAAUUGGUGAUCGUCUGGACAUAAUCUGCCCCAAAGGGGAGCCAUCUCAGCCUUAUGAGUAUUACAAGCUGUACAUGGUGCGGAAAGACCAGGCGGAAUCCUGCAGCACCGUCAUGGAUCCCAACGUCCUGGUGACCUGCAAUCAGCCGGACAAAGAGUUCCGCUUCACCAUCAAGUUCCAAGAAUUCAGCCCCAACUACAUGGGCCUCGAGUUCAGGAGACACCAGGACUAUUACAUUACAUCAACAUCAAAUGGGACUCUCCAGGGCCUUGAAAACCGGGAAGGGGGUGUCUGUCAAUCAAGAUCCAUGAAGAUUAUCAUGAAGGUUGGGCAAGAUCCAAACGCUGCUUUACCGGAACAUCUUACGACUAGCAGGCCCAGUAAAGAGGCAGAUAACACGGGAAAAAUGGCAACUCUUGGACCCUGGAUCCACGUGGUAGAGGGAGAAGCUCCUGCCAGGCCAGGUACCAAUGCAGAAAAUACUGGAGGUGUUGACAGUUUCUUCAACUCUAAGAUUGCCGUGUUUGCUGCAAUUGGAGCUGGUUGUGUCAUCUUCAUCCUUAUUAUAAUUUUCCUAAUUGUCUUACUUAUCAAGAUCCGGAAACGCCACCGCAAGCAUACGCAGCAACGGGCGGCUGCGCUCUCCCUUAGCACGCUGGCUAGCCCCAAGUGCAGCGGCAACGCAGGCUCAGAGCCCAGUGACAUAAUAAUCCCACUGCGGACUACAGAGAACAACUACUGCCCGCAUUAUGAGAAGGUGAGCGGUGACUAUGGGCACCCUGUGUACAUUGUGCAAGAAAUGCCCCCGCAAAGCCCUGCAAAUAUUUACUACAAGGUCUGAGGAGGACCAACAAAUAUCUUUCUCCCGAUCUGUGGGGAUAGCCAAUCCAGCGCCAGGAGCACAGGCCAAAGGUCACUUUGCAUUAAUGGACUCUGUGAGACGGAGCAAUAAGACUAACUUUCCCACGUUAGGUAUUUUUAUAGUUUGCCCCCCUUUUGUUCUGCUCCUUAUCCUCUCCAAUGAGGUUGGUAAGGGACUGUUCCUGUCUGUACUUUGCACACCUCCAGUGUUUAACCCUUUACUGACUUGGAAAUCAGCAGAGCGGCUGGGACUCUACCGAUCUUUUCUUGCGGGGACAUCAAUUUACUGCUGUGACUUCAUCAUGCAUUGAUUUACAGUACCCUGCAUGGUGUUGUCAAAGGGUUUGGCUUGAAUUCAGCUGCGUGUCUGCCUCAGUGUCCUGGUUUUGAGCAGAUUGUACUCCGUACCUCGUCAGAUACCUUAUCCUAAUCGUGAUGGUUUUAGGGCACAGAAGGAGCUGCAGCCCUGCCCGGCACCCUGGCAUACACAGCCUUUGCAUUCUGUGUUUUGUUUUCAGGGUGGUGUGACUUGUAAGCCCAAGGGUGACUCUGUUACAGGACAUUUAGUAUCUGUGUUCCUUCUGUACUGGCUAACAACUAGAGUGAGCGCUAAGUAUAUCCAAACUGUACUACAUACACAGACACUACCUGUGCACUGGUAUACACACCACACAUGCUACCUGUGCUCUUAUAUGCACUUAAUUGCACACUCCUUUUAAUAUGACUGUAUUUGGACAAAUACCUGGUCUGACAUGCCGGAAAAAGGACCCAAUCUGUUUGACUCAAUUCCCUGAGUGCUGCUGGCUGCCGUGACAUAAUCUAGCACAAACUCUCUCCAUAGAUUAGACCUAAAGCAACGAGCUGUGCCCCACUCGGGUUAUUGUGUCUUCAGACAUAUAUGGCGUUGGAUACAGUAACUUGGAAGCGAACAGACACGCGGAGAAGCAAUAUGUUGAGUAUUGUUGACCAGUGUGACCUUCAUAUGCAAUGUUCUCUGCUGUAAUCCCAGCAGAGCUUCUGGAUAGAAAUGUGGCCGAGGUUGCUGUCCUCUGGUGUUUUGCUCAUGCCUUGGUUUUGAAUGCUGAACAUGUGAGCCUUUAACGUGGGGACAUCACAUUCUGGUUGGAGCCUCAUGUCUGGAGCUGUAAAAUCUGUUCUGCAGUUAUGCUUCCAUUGUGAGUGUCCACCUGCUUUUGCCACUUUAGUAGUCCAAAUAGUCAAAUUAAGACAGAGGUAAAUAAACCAAGGUUUGAACAAAGCAUCACAUGAGUGCAAUCUCAGUGCUUGUCACACAACCUUGCAUUGACUCAGGGAUCUGUAUGGUGUUUGUCACACGGUGCGAUUACAUAUCCAGUGUGACCGUGAUAAAAGAGCAGCAAGAUCCUCAGCUGGUCACUCGGUGUCCGUGAUAUAAAAAUACACUGGUGUUCACCCCAAAACAUUUGCAUUCUUCAUGAACGGUGACCACUGGACACUCCUCGUCUGCGUGACUUUAGUAGGGUGACGAGUGAGUCCAGGUCACUGCAACCAAUGCCAUGUAUUAUGGAGCCUUUUAUCUGCGGGUUACUGCAUUGGCAUUUUCAUGCAAGUAUGUGAGAGAUCGGCAAGCUGUUCUACAUGGAACUGAACCCCUCAGUGUUUUGGUUACAGUGACCGGGUCUUACAACACUGCGUUUGGUUUUCUUCCUUUUUUUUCGCUGUGAUGUUCAGGGCAGGGAGAUAUCACUAUACAGAACAAUUCACAAACACUACAGGGUCGUACAUAAGCUUUUAAAAAGCUGCCCCAGAAUCACUCAUACAUAACGUA